ACAAUUUCACAAGUCGUGAAGAACAUAUAUCAUAUGGAUCGACUAGAAUCGUACUUGUACGGCAUCGGUCAGCUACACUGUAAAUAUGCUCAUCGUGGUUUUAAGCCUGAAUACUGGGACGACUUCAAGGUAUGGCGAAAGGUGGCGCAUUACAUUAUAUCGCAUAUGGUAACGGGCUUCUUUGACGGAUUAAAAUCGAUCAAUAACCAUCCACCACUCACUUGA